AUGGCCACAUCACUGAAGAACUGGACAAAAGGACCCGAAACAGCGCCGGCGGGAGCGGAAGCGGCAGCGCUGGCGGAGCAGCAGCAGGAGCGGCGCGGGGGGAGCGGCAGCGGCGCCCGGGUGGGGCUGUGCCUGCUGUGCGGGCUCCCCGCGGCCGGCAAGUCCAGCCUGGCCCGCGCCCUGCGCCGCCGGCUGCGGCAGCGCCCGGGCUGGGCCUGCGCGCUCCUGGACUACGACGAGCUCAUCCCGCCCGAGGCCUUCCUCCCGCGCGCCCCGGGGGCGGGGCCGCCAGAGCCGCUCCCAUUGGUGCCCGGCUGGAAGCGGAGCCGCCGGGAGCUGCUGCAGUGCCUGGAGGGUCUCCUGCGGGCCCUGCUGACCGGGGCGCCGCUGCCCGGCUCCGCUCAACCCGGCUGGGAGCGGUUCCUGCGCUGCUGCCGCCGGGAGGGGCUGCUGGAGGCGGCGCGGGGGGACGGCGGGGCCGCGGCACGGCCGCUCUGCCUCCUCCUGGAUGACAACUUCUACUACCAGAGCAUGCGGUACGAGGUGUACCAGCUGGCCAGAAAAUAUUCCUUGGGCUUCUGCCAGUUGUUUUUAGACUGUCCCCUGGAAUGCUGCCUGCAGAGGAAUCGCCUCAGGAGUGAUCCUGUACCUGAGCAGACAAUACAUUUAAUGGCAAGGAAAAUAGAAAUGCCAGACCUCAAGAAAAACGCUUGGGAGCAGCACAGCCUCAUUCUGAGCAGCUCUGAUUGCAUCUCAGAGGACAAUGAGCAGAUAAUUAACCUGCUGGCCACUGCUCUGGAAAACCCAGCCAGGCCGAACGAGGAGGACACGGAGCAAAAGGACACAGACCGAGCCAUCUGUGCAGCCAGCGCUGUCCACCAGGCUGACCAGGCGUGCAGGAGGAUCAUCUCUCAGGCCAUGAAGGAUGCCAGAGGCAAAAACGUUCUCCCAAGUGAGAUGAAGAGCCUGGCAGAAGAACUCAACAAACUGAAGGCAGAAUUUUUGGAAGACUUGAGGCAAGGAGAGACUUUGAAAACUCAGAAUUCUGACCCUGCUACCAGCGUAGUUUCCCCAUUCCAACACGAGGCAACCAAUGUGGUCAAUAAAUACAUUUUAAAAUAAUGA